UUUUUAACGGUUAUAUUCAAUUCAACGUAUUUUGGUAAACGUCAAUUCUGAAUUAGUUUCGAUUUCGUUCAAAAUAACGUCUUAAAACUCCUUCAAUUACAUUUUUACUAAGAAAUUAUCAUCAUCUCAUUACAUUCUAACGAUUCUCAGUCAAACUUAAUUAAAUCAUGGGAACAGAAGCGAGUAAAAUACAAGAAGAUGUCAAGGAAGAAAUCGUUCCUGAAGGAAGUGUACCUUCAACUCCAAUUUUAACCCCUAAAACAAAUCUUAUUCGCGAUCUUGAUCCUCGAUCUCCAAGUAAUAAUGUUGUUAGAACUCCAAUUGAGACGAUUAUGUUGAAACAUAAAUCAUCUUUGGAUGGGGUUUUAAGCGCUGUUCAAUAUGCUCCGAGAUUAAAGUAUUUAAAUGUUGAUCCAAGAUCACCAACAGUAGAUUUUAAUAGGACUCCUAUACUUGUUGAAGACACUGAGGAGAAACUUGACGAAAUUUGUGAUAAAAAGAAAAGUUUUGAGGCAAACAAAAGGAAAUCUGGGCUGUUAGAGACUAAUUUAGAUUAUGUUGAAACUGAUAUUGACGUGGCCUUUAAAGAAAAAUCACCUUUAAAGCUAAACAUGGUAAAAGAAAUUAAUGUAAGUAUUCAAGAAAAAGAAAUUAUUGAAAUUGAGAAAGAAGUUGAUGAGAUUAAAUUGGAAGAAGAAGAAAUAAAAGACAUAGUUGAUAAUGACCUUCAAGAAUCUGAAAAUGAUUUAAUUCCAAAAAUUGAAACUUUACCAAAAGAUUUGACUGUUGUGAUGAACACAGUAAAAGAUUUCGAUAAAAAAUUGAUGAAUCUUAUUUAUGAAGAUGAAGAAACUGAAGAUGUAAAUAAAAAAGAAGAUAACGGUUUGAGAUUAACAAAUAGAACUCCAUUGGCAGCUAGAAACAUUAAUGUUGAAACUAAAAAAUUGCCUAAAUUAAAAGUGGCUGAUAAACCAAAGAAGCUCAAUAAUCGUUUGAGCAAAAUCCCCAUUUCUAAAGUGAACACAAAGAACAAGUUUGGCAUUCAGUGUGAAAAUACACCCCCCGGUGCUUUGAGGGAACAUGAACGUAAAGGAAAAUCAAAAAAAUUUGAUUGGGACGGAGAUAAAACUCUUGUUAUUUAAUUUGUUUUAUAUUUUUUAAUAAUAUUUAUGUAAGUUUGAAGUACCUAAAUGAGGUUAUGACGAUUAAUUAAUAAUUAUUUAAUUCGCAUAACUUUAAAUAUUAAAAAGGUUAAGUUGUUUAUGCAAUUAA